CGCGAAUUUAGUCGUUGACAGGAGAGCGUUGCGCGCGCACUCUCACUCUUGUUCGGAUACUCGUAAGAGACAUUCAUCAAAAGAGUUUAAAAGUGAAACAAUAUGCUUCGUUUAUUUUUUAUUUUCAUAUUAAGUUCAGUGCUCGCGCAGAAUUCGUUGCCUGACGACUUCGAGCGGUGUCGACAGAGGGACGCUGGCCUCAAUGACUGCCUCAAGAGUGCUGUGCCCGACGCGCUGAGGAAGAUGAAGAAAGGUAUACCAACCCUCUCAGUACCACCGCUAGAGCCCCUCGCAGUCUCCGGCAUGAACAUCGAAGCAGGCGCCGGCCCCGUCACCAUCACGCAAAACUAUAAAAAUAUUAGGCUGCAUGGCCUGACGGACUCUGUUUUGACUAGCUAUAAGGCUGAUUUGAAACACUACAGAUUAAGAACCGACUCAUUAACCCCCAAAAUGGAGUUCAUAGCUGACUACAUCAUGAAGGGAAGGAUUUUAGUUCUGCCAAUUCAAGGAAAAGGCAUCGCUAAUGUAACUAUGGUUAACUUGGUAGUAAAACACGAUUUAAUAGGAGAACCUGUGGUUAAAGAUGGAGAAACAUACAUGAGAAUUCGUGACUACAGAGUCAAAUUUAUCCCACAAAGAGUGUAUUUACACUUCUCCAAUUUAUUCAACGGCGACAAACGGCUCGGAGACCAAAUGAAUCUGUUCCUCAACGAGAAUUCCGAUUUGGUUUUCAAUGAAUUGAAGGAUUCAUACGAAAAAAGCUUGAGCUCAGUUUUCCAAGAUGUCACAAAUAAAAUAUUCAAUUCAGUGCCAAUGAACAAAAUUUUCCCAGAGGAUUAGAACUGUGAUAAUACUUAUUAUUUUUAAUUAAACAUAAGGUAUGUAGGUGCUCAAGUUAGUUUUAAGUAUUUCGGACUAAAAUAGGUACUAAUCAUAGCGGUUUACCUGCUAGAUAUUUAUUAAACUGCUUUAAUUACAUGUAAAAUAAUUUGUAAGAAAUAAAAAACCUUGUGAUAAUAAA